ACUAUCAAUUUUCAACAAAUAAAUUAUUGUGAAACUUUUGUGUCAAAAAACAAAGAUUGCACAUAUCAUAUUGUAGUGUUGGGUAAAAAGUUACUUGUUGGACAGGAAGUGUAUCCAACUGUCCACACGUCACUCGCCGAACGACAACUCCAAGUAACGACAGUGAAAUUUCGUUUAGGUGAUAGUGUUAAUGAAUUUAUGGUGAAAAAUGCAGAUUCCAAACGAAUAUGUUGCGACUGCUGAAGACGUAGCAGAUCAGGUAAUACGAAAAGGCAAGAAUGUGUUACCAACAGUUGCCAGACUGUGCCUCAUAUCCACAUUUCUGGAGGAUGGCCUUAGAAUGUGGUUCCAGUGGUCGGAGCAGAGAGACUACAUGGAUAUGUCAUGGGGCUGCGGCAAGUUCCUCGCUACCAUGUUUGUUAUAGUCAAUCUUUUCGGACAACUGGGUGGAUGUGUGAUGGUACUGGGCAGGUGGAAGGUGGACAUCGCUUGCGGUGUGCUGUUCUUCAUCGUUGUACUGCAGACGUUCGCAUACAGUAUACUAUGGGACAUGCAGUUCUUGCUACGUAACUUGGCGCUGAUAGGCGCUCUGCUGCUGGUGGUGGCGGAGGCCCGCGCGGAGGGGCGAAGUCUCUUCGCCGGAGUGCCCUCGCUGGGCGAGAACAAGCCGAAGACCUACCUCCAGCUCGCUGGCAGGAUCCUAUUGGCCUUCAUGUUUAUAACGCUGUUGAGAUUCGAAGUUUCGUUCUUGCAGAUCGUCCAAGACCUGCUCGGCAGCAUCCUCAUGAUCCUGGUGACGGUGGGCUACCGCACCAAGCUGUCGGCGCUGAUGCUGGUGCUGGUGCUGUCGGUGCUGAACCUGUACCACAACGCGUGGUGGGCGGUGCCGACGUACAAGCCGCUGAGGGACUUCCUCAAGUAUGACUUCUUCCAGACCCUAUCCGUGAUCGGAGGUCUCCUCAUGAUAGUGUACCUCGGGCCUGGAGGCGUCAGUAUGGACGAGCACAAGAAAAAGUGGUAGGGACGCUCGCUCCCUUGUGUACGGACUUGAUAUUAAUUGUAAGGUUGUUGUGGCGCGCUCGCGGCCCUCGCGUUUGUACAUAUAGGACGCCAUGUUGUUUAGUUUGCGCGCCAUUUUCUAUUGACGUUCGAUUUUUAAUUUUUUUUUUUAAUUAAAUGAGUGAUGUUGUGGCGGAUUUUUGUUAUUCUUAUGAAGGUAUGGUAGGUUGUGAAUUUUAUUUUUUUAUGAUUUUUCUGUGUAGUGUAGUUGGGUUUCUUUGUACUGCAUAAAUAUAUAUUUCAUUACAAAUAUAAAAUAUUGAAAAUAAAUGAGACUUAAUUGUAUAAUAUUAUUCAAUAAUAAAUUAGAACCGAAGGAUAUAUAUACCUAUUGUAAUCAGUACGGCUUUAUUUGUAAGUAUUAAAUUGCGCGCAAUCUAAUCAAUAAGUUUUUACAAAUUUAUUAUAUAAAUAUUAUCUAUCGAAACGGCGUAAAUGGCUAGUGUGCGACACGCGUUCAGUGUUAACAUUUUUGACAAUCAUAACUUUUAAGUAUGUAGCAAUGAUCCUAUUUGUUUUAUAUAUUUCUAUGUUUUCAGCGUUUCUUUCUUGUUAUAAAUUCACGUUUUCUAUUAUAAUAUGUGGCCGUUUGCUUGUCUUGUUAAAAUUGUAAUAUACUUACUACUGUGACUUAGACACUAUCUUAUAUUGACUUGUUAUAUUUUCUUUGACCGUCCCUUACGAUAUAUGAGUUUGUAUGUAGAACUGACUAAUUGAAAGUUAAGACACAUUAAUCCAUUCCAAAUUCGCUAAAUGCAGUAAUUAUAUUGUACUUAGUUCAAAGUCGUGAUUUACUUUCGCCACAUAAAUUGAAAAUCUAAUAUUAUAUAACCAUAAAUGUACAUAUUUAAAAGAUAAAAUAUUUUUAUAGUAUUUUUAUUUUGUUAUUUUCCGUUACGUCCAUAGGACUCCCUUUCAUUGACGCAUUUAACAGGGAUAGCUGAAUGCCAUAGUGUUUAACGUAUAAGUCAGACAACAUCUUUUAUAUAACAGAUUUAUUUGUAAAAUAUAUAAUAAACACAAUUUCAACAAC